AUGGCCGAAAAUGCCGGGCCCCAUCGGGGCGAGGCCACCCGCGACGUGCCCGUCCUCGAGCAUGACCGACGAGGGGGUGGCGCCCACGACCCCCAGGACCUGCAUGUCCGCCCGCCCGCCCACGAGUCCGAGCCCCUCGGCCAGAAGGAGGUGAUUUCGACCCCGGAUAGCAUGUUCCAGAAGGAGGCCUUCAGGGACUACGAGAGCCUCCCCCAGGCCGUUUUCCCGAUAGGAUUCAAGCCUGGAGUUGGCAAGCGAGGGUCCGAAUCGACGGAUAACGAGGACGCCCGCUCUCCCUCACACAGCUCUCCGCAGAGGAGGUCCUACUAUCCAGACGAAGCCUUUGUCAUCUCGCCGAUAGCGACCCGGAGCGACGACUUCCGGCGACGUAACGAAAGCGCGACUGAGUGCGGGACAAUUGCCAGCUAUUCGCCGUCGAGCGGCCCGAACGUCGCGAAGGCAUUGGCGGGCGAAAAUGGGAUAUGCGAUGCCGGGGAACCAAACGCGGGUGAUGAAGAAAAAGAGGGCGUCCGUGGCUUCCAUGAAAUCACAAGCCAGGUCCCAGACGGUGCGGAUGACCAGGAGCGCGGUACCAAGGAGAAGAAGCUGGCGGGCACGAUUUGUGGAUUACGACGGACAUGGUUCUUUGUGGCCGUUGCGACCAUCGCUGCCCUCCUCAUUGUUGCAGUCGCCGUCGCGACAACUGUGAACAAAAAGUACACUCCGGAAAUCAUCACCGCGCCUCCAGUUACGCCUCCCAACGGCACCGCACGUGGGGGUCUGCAUCAGCAAGCCCGCCUCGCGGCCGCUAGCUGGGUUGGGAAUGACAACAAAACAUACCGGGCCGUGGUAUCGCAGGACAGAAACGGCACCCUGUUCGCCUCCUACUUGGAGACUAACGGGAAGUGGACACCGGUCCGGGUAUCUUCAUUGCUCAAGCCGCUGGAAUCCACCACUGGCGGGUUGGGGUCUGCUGAUCUGCUCCCUGCCGCGGGCACGUCUCUUGCGGCUGCCGUGUCGAGUACAUCGGGGUUGAAUGUCUUUUUCAAGACGCAAAAGAACAGGGUGGUCGGCAUCAGUACGCCCGUCAACAACCGCACUGCAUGGGACUGGACCGAACAGUCUAGGGAAAUUAGCAAGCAGCCGGGUAUGGCCGACAAUAUUGCCGUCGAGAAGUCAGACAUUGCGGCGGCAACUCGACGGGUCUGUUCCGGCCCAGCAGCCAGCGACAGCUGCUUUAACGACGUUCUUGGGGCGUACUUGUCCUUUGACAACAAGCUCCCCGAUAACAACGUAGUCGUCAGACAACCUCGCCGGAAGCGUGCGAGUUUAUUUUGCAGAUUCUGA